UAUAAGAUGAUAUAACGUUUGCAGUGUAUAAUGAUGAUAUAACGUUUGCAGUGUAUAAUGAUAUAAUAAAUAAUUAUGGAUAUAAGUUUAAUAUACUUAGAUCAUAUAUACAAAAAGCGUGUAUUAGUAAGGUUAGCUUUGUGCUGGGUUGUCUGGACUUCUCAAAUAGGAUUAGUUUACUCAGGAUGUGCUGUGAAAAUACAAGAGUCGCAAGUUGCUCGAAUGUGUUAUGAAAGUGAAGCGACUGGUUCGCCAGUUUAUAUAGAUACAAGCGGAGCAAAAACCACGGACAACUCCUCAGGACCCUUGUGUUUCUGUAACAUGACGGUGACAAAUGCAAAAUUUGUGAAUAUCAGAGUUCAAGGAGAAAAUUAUGCUUGUGGUUCAAAACUGCGGUACACCAUCUCUAACAAACAAGUGGAAUCAGACGACAACAAAUGUUUAUCAACAAAGCAUUUGGUUCAAGUCACGCAGAACGAGCUGAUGGAUGUAGUGCUAGAGAAAACAAAGGCACCUUAUGUUGCUGACUUUUGUACAAAAAUUGAUAUACAGGGAUGCAAACAAGAUGAGUAUCAGUGCGACACGUCGGCUGAUUGUAUAGCAAAGACUAACGUCUGUGACAACUUCCCGGAUUGUCAGGAUGGUGAUGACGAACAUGGUUGCAGAAGUGGCGUCUGUACAGAGGGUAUGUUAGAGUGUAAAAAUGGAAAUGGGUGUUAUGCAAAUUCAGAUCGAUGUAACAAUGAUACAAAGUGUGCUGACGGGACAGAUGAAGAGGGAUGCUUUCUUGAGCAGGACAAGACAGACACAGUGACAGUAGCAUGGAAUACAGACCCAGUAAUAAGCGUCCGGUGUUUUGAAAGCACACGAUUCUCAACAACUACUACCACUACUACAACAACAACUACGACUGCUGCUUCAACUACGACUCCGUCGAGGACUGCUACUACAACUACGACUGCUACAAUAAAUAAGACUCCGUUGACGACUGCUAAUACAACUACGACUCCGUCGACGACUGCUACUACAAAUACGACUCCGUCUACGACUGCUACUACAAAUACGACUCCGUCGACGACUGCUAAUACAACUACGACUCCGUCGACGACUGCUACUACAAAUACGACUCCGUCGACGACUGCUAAUACAACUACGACUCCGUCUACGACUUCUACUACAAAUACGACUCCGUCGACGACUGCUAAUACAACUACGACUCCGUCGACGACUGCUACUACAAAUACGACUCCGUCGACGACUGCUAAUACAAAUACGACUCCGUCGACGACUGCUAAUACAACUACGACUCCGUCGACGACUGCUAAUACAAAUACGACUCCGUCGACGACUGCUAAUACAAAUACGACUCCGUCGACGACUGCUAAUACAACUACGACUCCGUCGACGACUGCUAAUACAAAUACGACUCCGUCGACGACUGCUACUACAAAUACGACUCCGUCGACGACUGCUAAUACAACUACGACUCCGUCGACGACUGCUAAUACAAAUACGACUCCGUCGACGACUGCUAAUACAAAUACGACUCCGUCGACGACUGCUAAUACAACUACGACUCCGUCGACGACUGCUAAUACAACUACGACUCCGUCGACGACUGCUAAUACAAAUACGACUCCGUCGACGACUGCUAAUACAACUACGACUCCGUCGACGACUGCUAAUACAACAACGACUCCGUCGACGACUGCUACUACAACAACGACUCCGUCUACGACUGCUACUACAACUACCACUCCGUCGACGACUGCUACUAUAACAACAACUCCGUCUACGACUGCUACUACAACUACGACUUCAUUUACGACUGCUACUACAACAACCACGACUACUACUACAAUAUCAACUACAACUCCAUCCACGACUACGAAAACACCAAGUACGACUAAAGAAAUAUUAUCUGUAACAACGACCAAAGAGUCCAUUGUUCCCAAUCAUACACUAGAGGCUGUCACAAGUAAGGACACCUCACAGACUGACAGUAAACUUUCAGCCAGUACGUCCGAGCAAAGUCACACAACUGCAUUUGGCAACAUACCAAAUAAAAACUAUGAUGGAGACAUUUUUAGCACAUUAAAGAAACCAUUGUACUCAGAAUGUGAUGUGACCAUUCAAGAGUCGCAAGUUGCUCGAAUGUGUUAUGAAAGUGAAGCGACUGGUUCGCCAGUUUAUAUAGAUACAACCGGAGCAAAAGCUACGGAUAACUCCUCAGGACCUUUGUGUUUCUGUAACGUGACGGUGACAAAUGCAAAAUUUGUGAAUAUCAGAAUUCAAGGAGAAAAUUAUGCUUGUGGUUCAAAACUGCGGUUCACUUUCUCUAACAACCAAGUGGAAUCAGACGACAACAAAUGUUUAUCAACAAAACAUUUGGUUCAAGUAAAGCAGAACGAGCUGAUCGAUGUAGUGCUAGAGAAAACAAAAGCACCUUAUGUUGCUGACUUUUGUACAAAAAUUGAAAUACAGGGAUGCACCGAAAAUGAGUACCAGUGCGACACGACGGCUGAAUGUAUAGCAAAGACUAACGUGUGUGACAACUUCCCGGAUUGCACUUAUGGUGAUGACGAACAUGGUUGCGGAAGUGGUGUCUGUACAGAGGGUAUGUUAGAGUGUAAAAAUGGAACUGGUUGUUAUGCAAAUUCAGAUCUGUGUAACAAUGUUACACAGUGUGCUGACGGAACAGAUGAAGAAGGAUGUUUUCUUGAGCACGACAAGUCGGACACAGUGACUGUGGCAUCGAAUACAGAUCCAGUUGUAAGCGUCCGUUGUUUUGAAAGCACACGGUUCUCAACAACCACUACUACAACAACAACUACAACCACGACUCCGUCCACGACUACGACUACAACCACGACUACGACUACAACCACGACUCCGUCAACGACUACUACGACAACACCAAGUACGACUAAAGAAAUAUUAACUGUGACAACGACCAAAGAUCAUACACUUGAGGCUGUCACAGAUAAGGACACAUCACAGACUGACAGUAAAAUUACCACCUUGAAAAGCACGAGUACUUCCGAGCAAAGUCACACAACUACAUUGGGCAAAAUACCAAAUACAAACAAUGAUGAAGGCAUUGUCAGCACACUAAAGAAACCUUAUGUGAUUGCUGGUAUAGUGGUUGGUGCGGUGGCUGUUGUAGCUGCCAUAGCCUGCAUAGCAUAUGCAGUGAGGCGAAAAAUGAAAAAGUCCAAGUCAAAGAAUAUCUCGUCAGAUUUAUGGAUCUCCGAUAAAGGGGAAAAGGAAUUGCAACCGCUUAACACGUGAUCAUUUGAUUACAUGUGUAUUUGGUGUUUUCUAAGUCGCUGUUUAAUAAUAUACUGUAUUGAAAUGAUCAGCGAACAGAAACACCAUUAAUACAGUAUUGUAUACUAGUACUUGAUAUAUUCUUCACUUAUGACUCAGAAAUGUUGGCAUGUGUUUAUCUUAUCAUUUCAAAAGGCAUUUUUUUCAGACUAAAGUGACGUAUGCACUGUGUCAAGCCUCUGAUGGAUGCUAAUGUGUGUUAAAACAUUAAUUAAUCAGUAAGUAUGAAAUGGAACCAGUCAGAUGUGUCCUGAUUGUAUAUAGUGAUCUUGGUAUCAUUGUUAUAGCUCUUGUAUACAUUUGUUGCAUUUCAAAAAAAUUAAACAAAACGUUUCCGCAAGAAAAAAAAUCAACAAGGCGGACUUACAAUAAUUACUAGGAAUUAUUUUGAUUUUCAAAAACAAGAGGGCCACGGUGGCCUUAGGAAGCUCACCUUAGUUUUUAAAGCAAAACGUUGAAUUGUGGCUAUGUUUUUAACAGAUUAACAUGUUACAUGAUUCAAUUAUUUCAGUAGAAGGUUUUUCCAGGAGUGAUUGUGUUAAAUUAAGUUUCAAACAAACUGAAUUUCAAGGUGCACUCUUCAUAUCAAUAAAAAUCCAGCACAUUGCGGUCAUGGAUUUUAGUACUCGGGACAGUCAUCCUUGAAAGAAGUGGUCUGCAAACAAAGUAAAAUACUGAAAUUUGGACAGCAAUUUCAAACAAAAAUUUUAAAAUAUGUAGAAAGGCUGCUAAGUGUAGUCAUGUGAAACCAUUUGUAAAACUAGAUUCCAUUUAGAAAAACAUUCUGAACAAUGUUUUAUGUAAAUUAAACUGGUCAAUAGCCACAGUUUUCAAUUUCAAUUUGACCUUCUGGCCUAGCUUUUUAGCCAGAUGACCCAGCUACAAAUAUAUCCUUAAUUUGAAACAGACAAACAUCUUACCAAGUCUCGUGAAGAUCAGUUUGAAAAUAUAGCCUUUUGAGUGUUAACAAGAUCUUUCUACGGUGGACCCUGUGACCUAGUUUUGGACCUAAAUAAUCCAGUUUCAGAACUGACCUAAAUUUCAUAGAGACAAAUAUUCUGACAAAUUUUUAGGAAAUUCAACGAUGGUUUGGUAUUAUUUGACCAAGUGUCUUAGUUUUCAAUCUUACAUAACCGACUUUUGAAUUUGACCUGGACUUCACAGAGUCAAACAUUCUGACAAAGAUUUAUGUUUUCAUGUAGAAAAUGUGACCUCUGUGAUGUUUACGUGUUUUUCUAUCCAGUGGCCUAUUUGUUGUACUCAAAAAACCCAGUUUCAAAUUUGACUUUGAUUUAACAGAGUCAAACAUUCUGACAAAGUUUUACGAAGUUAAGGUAGAAAAUGUAGUCAGUAGGGUGGCAACAAGGUUUUCCUAUCAAUUUACAUAACAACCUUGUUUUUGACCCAGAUGACCCAGAAACAUUUUAAUGAUGGUAACAUUCCGACUAAGUUUCACUAUGACUUGCCUACAAUACUAUUUUCGCCUCUAUAGUAUUAACGCCGAAGUGUGUUAUCAGUAAUACUUAAAACUAUUUCACAGUUGUAGCUUUUAACUUGGUAGAAGAAGCGAACGCUUCACCGAUUUUGGCAUUGGGUGCUCAUGCAGUAAUAAACUUAUGUCAUCUAACCAAUUAUUAACCACACAUUUUCGUAUGAAUCUAUGCAAUAAGCCAAACUAGAAUAAUUUUCUUUUAUUAUGACAUGGAUCUUGCUAAUCUUUAGGCAGAAAAUAGUUCAAUAGUUUUGUCAGAGGGUUUAAAUAACAUUUAGAGUCUCUCUUAAGUCGAAUGGCACUUGGGUUGGCUCUUCCAUGUAAACCCAUCAAGCAACCAUAGAAACAAUCAUGUGUACUGUAUACGUAAGGGGUAUAUAAAAAGCUGGUGUGCAAUAUUUCUAAACUGGAAACUUUGAUUAGUGUUCAGUCUGUUAAGCAUUUGUUGCAUGUUUUUCUUUUCUUUUUUUACCAUACUAUAUAUAUAAUUUAUUGCUGUUUGUAAUAUGAUUUUGUUAGUGUUUGUAUUUUCACCAUAUCUUAGACUCUUAAAAUGUCUCAUUAUUUCAAAGUUAUAUCAAGAAGUGUUCGAAACAAGAUAAUUAAUGAGUCAGAAUUAUCUCAAGGAAUUUGGAUAGUUAUUUUUAAAUUAUUGUUAGAUUUUUUACAAUUCUAGAUCAUACCGAUUGGCAUAAUAUAUUACAUUGUCUUUUUUACCAUGAUUUUAUGUCAUACAUUUAAGCAGUAUGAUGUUUUCCUUCUUGUUUCCUUUCGUGAAAUUGUUUUGUGGUUUGAAUACCAUAUUCCAUAUUCUCUAAUUACCUACCCCCACCCCAAUCUCAGUUAACGUGCCCCCACCAUUUGAUAACAAAAAUAUCAAUUUUUGGUUAAUUUAGGUUAUAAAUGAAUACCAGCAGCAUGAAAGUACUAUAUAUUUUUAAAGUUUCAUUUAUAGUUCACAUUUACAGGAAAGCUUUUUUGAAAAAAAAAUGCCUUAAUAACAUCCCCGCCCCCUCUUUUGCCAACUAGGCCAGUGGUCUAGUGGUAACACGCUUGACUGUCAAUCCAGAGGUCCGGGGUUCGAAUCCCGGUCCAGGCACUGGGAAUUUCUGAGAUGCUCUUGAGUGUCUCCCACCUAACUAGAGGCCUGUACUGGUUCUUCUCAGGAAAGACGGCUUUGCGAGUAUCGGUGCUAUACACCGGGAACGUUAAAGAACCAGACUGUCUAUUCGAAAAGAGCUAGGCUAAGUUAGCCGGACACGUCUGUAUCUGAAAUGUUAAGUUCUCUCCGUCUGUUCUGGGGGCUUUAUCUCACUCUGUCCCUCUGGUCAGAUCGCUCUGUGUCUGUACUAGUAGAGGAUGAUUUCGCGCCCUGUGUGGCUGCAGUAUAUGUAAAGCGCUUUUGAACGUAUUUAUCAUGAAUAGGGCGCUAUAUAAAUCUGGUAUAAUAAUAAUAUAAUAACUAUAAUGUUCCGGGCAGUUAAUAAGGGCAUGUAUGGUAUAUAAUGUAAUUAUACAUAAUAAUGUUGUUUUUGGAAACUUAUAUUGAGUCGGUAUUUUUUAAAGUACAUGUACACACUUCCAGAUGUAAACUAUAAGUAUCAUUUUUAGCAUAACAAUAAUGGACAUUUUAUAAAUAAAAUUUCAUAAAAACAA